AUGUGUGACAAGUCUGUCUCCUGGAGCGGCUGGUAUCGUCUCUUCAUUAACAGCACGAGCGCUCAUAUCCCAGACACGUGUGUUGAGAAGAAUAGCUGUGGCACUGUUGUCCCACUGUGGAUACGUGGUGGACACCCAAAAGUUGAGGAUGGAGUCGUCACUCGAGAUGUCUGUUGUAACUGGGUCAACUACUGCUGCUUUAAUGGGUCUUUUCCCAUUAGAGUCAAAGCCUGUCCAGAUAAUUAUUAUGUCUAUGAGCUGGUUAAACCAACUGACUGUGAUUCAGCAUACUGUGCAGUUGUUACUAACAUCAGCAGCACCGAUACAACAGUCACACCAGAGACGACCUCAGCUGCUGUUACUAACAUCAAGAGCACUGAUGCAACAGUCACACCAGAGACGACCUCAGCUGCUGUUACUAACAUCAAGAGCACUGAUACAACAGUCACACCAGAGACGACCUCAGCUGUUCAGAAUCCAACUUCUAUAGAAUGUCUUCAAAAUCUUCUUGAUCGGAUCGAGAACAUUACAGCUCAAGUGCUUCCUGUGGAUACUGUGACCAAACUUUUGAAUGUGGUGCUCAACACUUCAAAGAUUUUACAGUCAUCAUCAUCAUCAUCAUCAAUCAGCCCAGCUGAACUCGCCUACUAUGGAAACCAUUUGUUAUUAAUCAACGAAAAACUCAUCUCUACAUUGGUGAGGCCGACAAACACGAGUGACAAUGUCAGUUUUGCUCUUGCUGCUAUAGAGGUUGAAGUCUUCAUGGUUGGACCAAAUGUCACCUUAGAUAAAAUCCCUCGACUCGACACGACAAAUUCUUCUGUGGACAUUGAUCUCAUUGGGAUCGCCAAGAACAACAAUGAAACAAGAUCAGCUGCUGUGGCUUUCAUGAGCUACAACACAAUAGAGAAUCUACUGAAGCCCGACUUCUUCAACACAUCAAAUGACACAAUUAAAACCAUGAUGUCCACUGUGAUCUCAGCUACUCUUCCCAAAACCACCAACACUAAACUCACCAAACCAGUCAACUUCACCCUCAAACACAUCAGAGAGUUCGACCCCAGCGGUUCUCUGUCCUGUGUGUACUGGAAUAUCAGCGAGUGGAUUGUAGAUGGUUGUUCUGUCUUAGAGACCAACAGCAGCUACACUGUGUGUUCCUGUGUCCAUCUGUCGACAUUCGCUCUCAUCAUGCAAACCAGCAGAUCACCAAAGAGAAAUUCACUGCUGGAUCUGUUGAAUUUGGUGUGUGUGAUCGUGGGGCUGGUGUUCUUCAGUUUGGCCCUGUUGACCUUUGCCCUUUGUCAGUGGAGUCCUGGAGUGAAUAAUGUGGCUCGAAUCAACAUCUGCAUCAGUCUUCUGCUGGCUCACCUUCUGUUCCUGCUCACACAACAGUUCCUGAACCUCAUACGCCGUCAUCAGGUGUUGUGUGCCGUGAUAUCAGGUGUGCUGCACUUCCUCUUUCUCUCCGGCUUUGUGUGGAUGUUCAUUGAAGCUGUGCUGCUCUUCAUCUGUGUGAAGAACCUAUCACAGAUCAGCUCCAAUAAUAGGGUGCUUAGCAGUCGAUUCCUGUGUGUGAUUGGAUAUAUGGUUGCUCUGGUUGUGGUGGGCAUGUCUGCUGCGGUGGAUCAUAAAGCCUACGACAGCAAAGAAUGCUGGAUUAAAAGGGAUAAAGGCUAUAUAUGGAGUUUUCUGGGACCUGUUUGUGUCAUAAUAACAUUAAACAUGAUUCUCUUCAUCUGCAUCAUCAUCAGUCUGAACACAACUCUCAAAAAACUGAACACUGAAGUUUCACAGAUGAAACAAACCAAGAUUAUGACAUUUAAAGCACUGGCUCAAUUUGUGGUUCUUGGUUGCUCCUGGAUUCUGGGUUUCUUCACUAAUGGCAGUAAGGAGCUGGAGAUCCUCUUCCUGAUUUUGAACUCACAGCAGGGAACCUUCAUCUUCCUGGUCUAUUGUGUCCUCAAUAAUGAGGUCAGGCAGCAGUACAGGAAGUUCUUCAGAUGUUCUUUGCUGUGAACUCAAAUUGAACACUAUCAAACGUGUCCUCAAAAAACGCUGAUCCAAAUUCAGGAGAGGAAGUGUCAUUAUUAUAAAAGUGAUCCUAUCACUAC